AUGUUUAGCACGGCAUCGCGGUUGACGGAGAGACAGGGGAGGAGCGGAACGACGCGACUCGAGUACCUUCAGCUGAACGUGUUGGAGCUCUUUCUCGACUGUUUGACGGAGGAGAAUGCAAGGCUCGUUCAGUUGGCAUGGGAGGGCUUGUGCAACGCCACUGCAGGUAGGGGCACUGCCUUUCCUCCUUUCAUUCUGAGCCCAGCUGAGCGUGUUGGAGCUCUUUCUGGACUGUUUGACCGAGGAGAAUGCUAA